AUGUCAACAACUUCCUCCUCCAAGGAAAUAAAUAAUGACAUAGUAAUGACAAAAAAUAUAAUAAGCGUUUCUGAUAUAAAAACUAAGACUAAUGAUAAUCAUAGUCCCAAUACAAAUAAUAUAAAUAUACGACAUAUAGCGACGACAUCCCCAGUUAUUAUUAAAAAUUUUUUUACAGUUCGUCGGAAACGUAUUAAUAACGAUAUUAAAAUUGAACCUAUGGAAAAUAGUCACUUUUCGAAUUCUCGUUGUUCGCUACCAAUUCUUAAUAAGCCACAACUUCAAAAUAAUGACGUUGAUCGAUGCGAAAUAAUCUCUGAUGAUUUAACUACAAAAAAACAACAUUGCUGUAAACAAUCAUCACAAUCAAGGAUCCAACGUUUAAAACGUACAUUAAGUCUUUCGAAAAAUUUGGAUAGAGAAGAAGGAGAAAAUAUAAUUUGCUGCACCAACGACAAAAUUAUGAAAUCUUCUGAUUCUAUGAUCCCCUUAAAUAAUUCAUCAACAAAAGAAAAUUAUCCCAUCCAAUUUCUUCCUCGUUCUCUUGUCAUGAAUCCCGAGGACAUUGAUGAUUAUAUGAAUGCACAGCCACAAAACAACAAUUGCACUUGUAGUGAUGGUACGAGGAAGCGCGUAAAAUCAAAUAACAAUCGUUGUGCUACCUUUUUCUCACAAUUAUCUUCCACCUCACCAGUUUCUUCGACUGAUGAUGAUUCUUCCGCUGAAAGUUCUGCAAACUUACCCAAAAUCAACGUUUGCGAUUCGAUCAUUGUUGAAUCACGUGAUCAAUUCAUUCCAACGGUUGCGCAAAAAAAACGAAAUUCCCUGGAUGAACGUACAAGUAAUAAUAUAAGGCGUUCAUGGUCUCAUAUUGAAGUAAGACACAUCAAAGGAUUAUUUAAGAGGAAUCGUGAUAGUGGCGAUGUUAAACGAAGGAACUCUUAUGCCCAUACGUCUUCAACAAGGGCAAAUCAACAAAUCGCCUCGGAAUCUGAAUUAAAAAUGUUGAAUCAUGUUCACAAUAUUGACAAUGCUUCAAAUUCUGAUGAACUUUUAACUAGUGCAGAUGAGAUUAUUCAUUCAUCACCGAAAAAAUUACCUCUUGACUUAUAUACUUUACAAGCUGAUAUGGAGAAAGAAACUGAUGCUGUCACAAGGGCGCGUCAAAUGAGGAAAUUUAUUAUUAGUGAGAUUUAUUCGACCGAACAAAGUUACCUUGCUCAUAUGAGGACCCUCAAAAAGAGUUUCAUGGAUCCUUGCAUCCAAGCAUCGUUGACACCUCAUCCAUUUAUGAAUAAAGAUGAUGUAGCAAUCAUUUUUGCUCAUAUAAAUGAAUUGAUAAAACUUUCCGAUACAAUUGUAGAAACUAUAGAGACUUCAACGGAUCCAUGGGAAGAUUAUGAUUCUAAGCUGGGUCAAGUGUUUCUGAAAUAUGGAAAUGAGUUUGAGGUUUUCGAAAAAUACGCUGAAAAUAUUCAGAGAAGUCGUCAAUUGCUUGCUAAAAAAGUUAAUCAAAGCGUAUUAUAUCGCAAAUUCGUUUCGUCUCAACGAAAAAAGGAAAACAUUAAACUUAAUCUUAAUGACUAUAUGAUAAUGCCCAUACAGCGCAUUACCAGAUAUUCCUUGUUGCUUAAAGAAUUGAAGAAAUAUACAUUGGAAUCGCAUACCGAUUAUAAAGACAUGUGCGAAGCUUUAGAUAGCAUGUUAUCUUUGGCUUCAAGAUGCAACGACAACAUCCAAUAA